AUGCAAUCAGAUGAUAAAAAAUAUUCUCAAGUCCCUCCUCCUGUAGAAUUAACAACAACUAGUGCUGCUCCUCCUGUCGACUUUAGUAAUGCUCUUCAAAAAGCGAGGGCCAUUGCUGAAAAACUCAGACAGACUGGCGCAUCAUUACCUUCCUCUACAAAUGACUCAACGUCAGCUACUACACAACAACAUGACCACGACGAUCAUGAUUAUUCUUCAUCAACAACCUAUGAUCCUUAUGAAUCCAAACGUGGUGCUUACGAUAAUGGUUCAUCUCGUCCUUCAUAUUCUCGAAAUGAACCUCGUCGCUAUGGUCUUGGUUCAGAAGAACGUCAACGAUAUCAAUCCUAUGGAUCAUCUUCAAGUUCAACAGAAGAAAUAAAAGUUCCUAAUCGAAUGGUAGGUAUGAUUAUUGGUCGAGGUGGUGAUAAUUUGAAGAAAAUUGAACGAAAUUCUGGUGCUCAUCAAAUUCAAUUGGCUCGUGACAUGAUUGAACAAAUCAUCAGAGAUGCUUCUGGUGAUUCUUCUUCUUUUGCUCAUGGUGAAUCUCCUGAAAGUUCCAUUUCAGUCAUGGUACCUCCUUAUAGAGUUGGCUUGGUAAUUGGACGUGGUGGUGAAACAAUUCGUGAUUUGGAACAACGUAGUGGGGCUAAAGUGAAAGUGUUACCUGAAAAUCCUGGUGAAAUGGAUCGAACUGUCUCUAUCACUGGUACCAAGAAAGCUACUGAAAAGGCAAAAUCUCUUAUUGAUGAUAUUCUUAAUAAUCAACCUUCUCAGCGUGGACAUGAAAGUAGCAGUAGCGGUGGAUAUGGUCGUGGAGUUGAUGAAGCAUCUGAUAUUGUUCGUAUUCCCAAACAAAUGGUUGGCUUGAUCAUUGGUAGAGGUGGAGAAACGGUGCGUGCUUUACAAGCAGAAUCUGGUGCUAGAAUUGUUGUUGACAAGUAUGGAGAUCCACAUUCGGAUGAAAAAACGUUGACGCUUCAUGGUUCACCGGAUAAGAUUGCUAUUGCCAAAGACUUGAUUAUGGAAAAAGUGGAAUCAGGACAAGUACAUGAUCAUACCCAAUAUGGCGGUAGUUACAGUGGUUAUGAUUAUGAAGGAACUACCCUUCCUGAUGAUAAUAAGGAUGAUACGAAGUUAGACAAGGAUACUCAACAAGUAGAUCCCUAUUAUGGACAAUACUACGAUCAAACAACAGGCCAAGGACAAUGGGCUCAGGAAGCAUACAAUCAAUGGUAUCAACAACAAUAUGGAACUGAGGAAGGGUAUCAAGCUGAAGGGUAUCAAGCUCAGUAUGAACAACAGUAUUCAAAUCAGGAUAGUACAGAAUCUACAAGUGAUGAAAAGAACCAAGACCAAUAG